GAAACAAUCUGGCAGCAUGGCAAGAGUGAUCUACUGGUUCCGCACCGACUUGCGGCUGCAUGACUCCCCUGCGCUACAAGCAGCUCUCGAUCUCAAGCCGGAUGUCCUCUUCCCCACCUGGUGCUUCGAUCCGCGCUAUGUCUACGAGCAGCGAGUCGGUCCCAAUCGAUGGAAAUUCUUGCUCGAGUCAAUGAGUGAUACCUCAGCUGCCAUCACGAAAGUCAACCCCAAAUCUCAGCUGUUCGUCCUGAGAGGCCAUCCUACCACGAUUUUGCCCGCAUUAUUGCGAAAGUGGAAGAUAUCCGACAUCGUAUGGGAGAAAGAUGACGAUCCCUAUACAAUGGAGAGGGACAAGGCAGUUGAAAAGUUGGCCAAAGACGCCGGCGUCAAAGUUCACGUCGUCCAUGGCCAUACGCUGUAUGAUGCAGAAGCGAUAGAGGCCAAGACCAAAGGGAAGCCAUAUGUAUCAUACGGACCGUUUGUCAAGAUUCUGGAGGGUCUGCCUCAGCCGCCCAGACCCAUCGAUGCGCCUAGCUCGCUACCCAACCCGGGUCCAACUGACUUGGCUGAUCUCAAGCGAUCAGAGCACUCUGUGGAUACCUGGAAGAAGAAUGACAACAACGCAGAGAACAGGGAUGGAGAGGACAAGAUAUAUGCUUCGUUCACUGGACCAGAUGGGAAAUUCUCUGUUCCGACCAUGGAAGAGCUCGGCAUGGCGAAAGCGACGGGCAUCCAUCCGGGCGGCGAGACAGAAGCGCUCAAGAGGUUGGAAGCUUACAUGAAGGACAAAGAAGCCAUCAUCAACUUUGAGAAGCCAAAGACAAACCCGGGGGCAUUUGAUCCUGCAGCGACGACUGUUCUCUCGCCUUACUUAAAGUUCGGCGCCUUGUCCGUCCGGACAUUUUACUGGCGUUUACAGGAUGUGGUGAAGGGCACAAAGCAUACCCAGCCGCCUGUCUCACUUAUCGGUCAAUGUCUGUGGCGAGAGUUCUUCCACUACAACAUGCGCGUGACGCCCAACUGGCACGAGAUCAGAGGGAACCCUAUCUGCAAGUAUAUCGACUGGAGGCUAGACGAUCGGUACGAUGACAAGGGCGAGCCGAUACCUCGUAGCGAAUGGAAGCUUUCAGACGAAGAGAAGGAGGCUGAAAAGGUUCUCGAGGCAUGGACUCACGGGCAGACCGGCUUUCCCUGGAUCGAUGCCAUCAUGCGACAGCUCAAGAUGCACGGCUGGAUACAUCAUCUCGCACGGCAUUCAGUCGCCUGCUUCCUGACGAGAGGCCACGCGUAUAUCUCCUGGGUGCGAGGCAAAGAAGUGUUCGAACGGUGGCUUAUCGAUCACGAUCCUGCCAUGAACACGGGCAACUGGAUGUGGCUCUCUGCGUCUGCCUUCUACUCGCAAUGGUUCCGCGUAUACGGCAUGGCGUAUGGCUCGAAUUGGGACAAGUCUGGCGCGCUCAUUCGCGAAUUCUGUCCAGAACUCAAUAAGCUGCCGGACAAAUAUAUUUAUGAGCCAUGGAAAGCGCCGGUCUCGGUCCUCAAAGAAGCAGGUGUGACGCUGGGCCAGACAUAUCCCAGGCCGAUCUUUGAUGACAAGGCAGCCAAGGCGGAAACGCAGGCCAAGAUGAAAAAUGCGUAUCAUGUGAAUAUCCAUGGCGAUCACGAAGCUGUUCUGAACGGCACUGCUGCCAAGAUGCUGAAGGAAGGAGCAGCUGCGGCUGGUGACGGCGAGGAGUCUGAGAGCAAGUCACCGAGCAAGAAGCGCAAGCCAGACAGCAAAGGAAAGGAUGGCUUGAAGCAGCCUAAGCUCAAGAUGAAGUAACCCGUUGGUUGGCAAUUGAUCAUGCAUUGUUGGAAUUAGUAUACGAGCACAUCUAGCAGGCUGAUGAGUGUAUUGAUCUACGCUCUUGUCAGCCUUGCUGUAUGCCGAAGGAAGCAAAGACUUGCCUGAUCGAAGCGAUAGUC